AUUCUCUCUAACGACCUUCUUGGUACGCCAAAAAUCCACAUUGUCAUCCCCAUUUAAUCAACCAUCACCUCCUCCACUAGAAAACAAAGAAGAUCAACAGGAGUUCGAAGAACUUGUACGCAAGAAUCUCGGUUCAAGGUGGACAAAUUUUGAUAAAGCAGUCACCGAGGAAGAAGAAACCGCACAUCCAGAUGUAAGGCGAAAACCGCCGGCAGAAUUCGAGGGCGAUAAAAAUCCAGUGACUGGUGAAAUUAACGGGCCAAAACAUGAUCCGUUAAAGCAUGGUGAUUGGAGUUAUGGCGCUAGAGGUUUAAUUGAUUGGAAGAGUGAUAUCACCAAUGCACCAUUUCAUUGGUCUCUUUUACGUCGGUUAAUUACCAGAAAGGUCAUUGUGACUCAAUUUACACCUGAUUUAUCAUAUCAUGAGCUAAAUAUCGCAUCAUCCCGCUGGAUUUUGAUUGGACUAGAUAAAAUGGACUCGGGACCAUCCACACCAUCGACAGUGUCUACCUCAUCACAAAUAAUUGGCUGUGACAUUAUUAGAUAUAGGACUGCUACUGAACUUGUACAUUUAGAUAGUGGAGAGAGCGGUGUCAAAGAUAACUACAAUGCCUCAUCAACGCCAAUCUAUCAAACUGCAACAUUUAAGCAAAAUUCUGCCACUGAAAUGGGAGAUUUUGAUUAUACGAGAAGUGGAAAUCCUACUCGCUCGGUAUUAGAAAUUCAUCUCGCCAAAAUUAUGUCGGCUAAACGUGCCUUUGCCGUCAGUAGCGGUAUGAGUGCAUUUGAUGCGAUUGCCCGAUUAGUAAGAUCCGGGGAGGAGAUUAUUGCUGGAGAUGAUUUGUAUGGAGGCACCAAUCGGCUAUUGUCUUAUCUUCAUAAAAAUUAUGACAUAAAGACACAUCACAUUGACAUGACGAAUCCAACGAUUCUUUAUUCGUAUCUUCACCCGACACGAACUCGUCUUGUAUUAUUAGAAACACCCACAAAUCCCUUAAUUAAAAUAUAUGACAUUCCCACAAUUGCAUCAAUUGUACAUGAACAUUGCCCAAAUGCUUUAAUAGUGGUAGACAAUACAAUGAUGUCUCCUUAUCUACAGAAACCGUUAAAAUUAGGCGCUGAUAUUACAUAUCACUCUGGAACAAAGUAUCUUAGCGGGCAUCAUGAUUUAAUGGCCGGCGUAAUAGGAGUGAAUGAUGAUGUGGUUGCGGAGAAAAUAUAUUUCGCCAUUAAUGCUACCGGUUGUGGACUGUCACCAUUUGAUUCGUGGUUACUUUUACGGGGGGUAAAGACAUUAGCUAUUCGCAUGGACAAACAGCAAGCAAACGCACAACAAAUUGCCGAGUUUCUCGAGUAUCAUGGUUUCAAGGUCAAUUUCCCCGGUUUAAAAUCUCAUCCGCAACACGAUCUUCACUUCAAAAUGUCUCGAGGUCCUGGUGCUGUUCUAAGUUUCUUAACUGGCGAUACGGAACUUAGUGAACGUAUAGUGGAAUCAACAAAGUUAUGGGCUAUUAGUGUUAGUUUUGGAUGUGUAAAUUCCCUGAUAAGCAUGCCAUGUAGAAUGUCUCAUGCUAGCAUUCCUGCAGCAGUCCGUGCGGAAAGAAACUUUCCGGAAGAUUUGAUACGUCUCUGUGUCGGAAUUGAGGACGUCAAUGAUCUAAUUGAAGAUUUGUACCAGGCGUUAGUGAACUCGGGCGCUCUGAAAUAUCCUAACGGGGUACAAUUCGAGACUAACACCAAUUACUGA